CUUUCAUGCAUAUUACACAUUGGAAUGUUGUUGUUCACGGUCAAGGAAUAUUUUUUCUAGCGGAAUGAAUGCUUUUAUUGAUUUAACUUCAUGAAAGUUGAACUAAUAAAUUUUUUUACUUAAAAAUUGUGUGGUAACCGUUUUAUAGAGGCAAUAAGUAAUGGCUGAAGGGGUUGCAGGCACUCCGCUUUGUGUCAUGCCUAACAACACCCUUCAGCCGUUACUUAUUCAUGAUACAGCACAGCCUCUCGUACCUUAUUGCUUACUUAAAAAAAAAUUUGUCUUAAAAGUAAGGUAUUAACAAAUUAGUCUUUUAUAGUACCUUUAUUGGUAUGAUCAAUGAUAGAUAUUAAAGAAUUCACUGAGAUGAUGCCAAAAAAUCAUGAAAAUCAGUUUAGCAAAAUCUUUUGUGAACCAACAGCAUGCAAAAAAAGCAUCCUUGAAAGCAGGUGUUAAUCUGGGGUUGUUUUUUAAAACACAUUUUGAUGUUGUGUCAGAAUCCUUGUUUACCUUUGAGACCAAACUGCAGCAGUAAGACCAAACUGUGUGUUACAGGCGUCCACGCCUCACCACCAACCGAGAGCAGACAUUGAACUGAACAGAGAGCAAAUGUUGAAUUAAAAUAGAAAUGUUACAUAAAAAAUUAAGUCUAUUUACCAACUGGACAAUAGUAAGCUUUGUCCAUAUGUACUUUCCAUCAUACAACUUCACAAAGCAUUUUCAUUUUGGUAAUCUUUUACAGCAUCUUAAGCUAACUUACGGUAGUUUUGCUUAAAUUUCCAUGAAACCAAGAUCCAGAACCAUAUGGAAUUGACUCUUUUCUGAGAACGGACGCACUCUUGAAUCAUCAUGCUUGUCUCCAACUUCUGUUACAGCUUAAUUUUGGCAUUCGGCCAUGUUUGCAUUGUAAUGUGACAUUGUAUAUUUACAUGUUAUAUAACUAAAAACAUUUUCACUCAGGUGUUAAAUAUGUACAAUUUAAUCAGUAGGCCUAGGUAUUUUAUAUUAUUUUGAAUCUGUCAUCAUCUCAGCUCCUGUGGCCUCAUGGGAUUGAAAAGUAUUUAUCUGAUGAGCACUUCACAAUCACGGCAAAAACAGUCGGUCACUGGGUAUUUCUUCGUUUCAUGAAUACUGAACUGUAAAAAAUACUUUGCUGCCUUAAUUUUUUUGUUAAAUCAAUUCAGAUUUACAAGUCAUGUCAACAGAGAUGAGUUGUCACAACUUGUAAAAUAUAAUUGAGAAAAUAUAAUUUUUACAGUGUGAAGAUUGUGACAUGUUAUUCAUUUUAAAUACACUCUUAAAAAUAAAGGUGCUUAAAAGGUUCUAAACAGCCAUGUAAGAACCAAUCUUGGAAACAUAAGCGUGGGUUUUACAUGCUACGUAAAAAUGCAGCAUUUUUGUCAAAUCAAAAUAUGUUUUUAAAUUUAUUUAAAAAAUUAAGUUAAACAAUUUCAACUUGUUUUUAUAAGUUAUGUCAACUUAUCACAGCCCAAAAUUAAAAAUAGCAAGUUGCUUUCACCGUGUGCAUUCCUUGUUACACUCAAAUUCUUAAGUUUAAUCAACUUAAAUGUACAAAUAAUUUCAACUUUCUUGACUAGUUAGGAGUCGCUCUAAAUUAGUUGAGUUAGCUUACGUUAUUUCAACUUUAUUUUUAUAAUUUAUAGCAACUCCUCACUAAUCAAUGAGGUUAACAUGAAUUGAUUAAUAUAAGUUGAUUAAACUUAAAAGUUUAAGUGCAACAAGGAUUUUUUUCUCAGUGUAGGGUAAAUUCAGAUGUGGGGUCUGUCUGUAAAUAUAACAGCUUCUUUGGAUUUCUGUCAUAGAUUUAGUGGUACAACACUAAAAGAAAAGUUGGCCUGACAGUUUUGUUCAUCCAUUAUCAGUCUAUGUCUAUGAGAAAGAGCUUGUAUUUACUUAACACGUGUUUUAAGAACAAUGGUGCAGGACCCAAGAGAUGAAGCCUGGAGAAACAGAAGAAAAGGGAGGACGUGUGAAGACCUCACCAUUUGGCAAAUGUGUGAAGGUACACUCACCUAUAUAAUACACGCAGAGACAAACGGAGAGGCAUUAGAAGAAAAGAUACAGAAGCGAACAGUCAUCCUUUGGAAUAUUUGAAACGCAAAGGAAACCUUUAAACCAUUUAAACAGCAUUGCUUUACAAUGAGUGAGGUGCUGAUUUGAGAAACCAGAAAGCAAGUAGAAAAGGACAUCCACCAAAAAAAUGCUAGGUGUGGAAAUGUAUCCUAGUUUGGCUCUGGGACCACAGAGACUGGGCGACUGCUUUUACAGAGAUCGUGAGCCGUCAGCACAUGUGCCGUUAUACCCAACAACAUGUGACAUGGCUGCUCGUGGCCUUCCUCCGCGGCUGCUGCAGCCGCCUCCUGCCACUGUCGAGACACCUGGGAAUCCUCAGGAUACUGUCAAAAUGGAACUUGAGAAUGCAUCAUUGUGGAAGCAAUUCAGUUCAGUUGGCACCGAGAUGAUUGUUACAAAGAAGGGCAGGAGAAUGUUUCCACAGCUGCGAGUGAAAUUGUCAGGAUUGAACCCAUCACUGCGUUACAUUCUUCUUUUGGACAUUGUACCUGUCGAUUCCUCUCGCUACCGUUUUCAGGACAACAGCUGGCAGGUUGUAGGUGGGGCAGAGGCUCGGCUACCAGACCGCGUCUUUAUCCACCCAGAUUCACCUGCGACUGGAGAGCACUGGCAGAACCGAACCAUAUCUUUCCACCGGGCCAAGCUCACCAAUAACACAUUAGACGCACAAGGAUAUGUCAUCCUCCACUCCCUCCAUCGAUACCAGCCACGCAUCCAUGUGAUUGAAGCACGAGAUGUGCUGAUGUGGGGAAGAGCUCAGCACUCCUUCACCUUUCCUGAAACACAGUUCAUUACGGUCACUGCAUACCAGAACAGCAAGAUCACUGACCUAAAGAUCAACUCCAAUCCUUUUGCAAAAGGCUUUAGAGAGAAUGGAAUGAACUGCAAGAAACAAAGAGAGGCAAGGUUAAAGAGGAAAAAUACACCCAAUCAAGAGGAGUCCCUGGAUAUUGAGUCAUGUGACCCUUGUGAUUCUACUGAGGUCCUCCAACAAUCUGUGGAACUUACAAAUUCUGCCCUGUCAAUGAUAAAUACUGGCCUUCCUAUCACAGGCCAAAACUUUCACACAGAUGUACAAUCUCUGCAAGAACAGACAGUCUCUGGCCAACCACUUGUCCUUAGUCAAGCAUUUUUGACUUCUGAGGUGUCUGACAUUCCCUCUUCAAUGGAGAGUCAACAGCAAACAACCUCGGACAAUAAUGUAAACAACACCAUGAUGGAUGGGUCUGGUCAAAUGAUGGACCUUCCUGCAUACAUGUCAACUUUUCCAACCACUCAGCUCAGCUCCUCAGUGCACCCAUCAGUACCUAUGCCUCAGUCAUCUUCCAUCUAUUCUGGUGUGUCCUCCACACAGAAUUCUGACCUUGAGCUUCCUCAGGACUCCACGACUGGCUCUCCACCCUCUAUGUCCACAUAUUCAUCUAUACUUUCAUCAGAUUUUUCUUCUCAGAUCUCCUCCACUACUUUACCAUCAUCUGCAACCUCUCCUCCAGGCUCUUCUUACCCUCCUCUAUCUCAUUGCACCUCUCCGCACCUUCUACCACCUUCAUCAUAUCACUCUCUUCUUCCACCGGACCAGUGUCAGGACAACUUAAGUCCCCAUACACCUACAGAUCCAACUUUCCAGUCUAUCCCACCUUCCUCUUGUCACCGUUCUGGGUUAACUAUUGACCCUGCUCAAAAUCAAGUAGAUGAAGGUGGAUUAAGCUCCUCCAACGCAUCAACUCCUGUUGACCAAAACUCAACUCAAACAUCUUUUCCCUUUCCUCCGGUGCAGUCCUCAAACAAUCCUGACCCAACAUCCCCUCCAUGCCAAACCCUGCCCCAAACUGCCCUCCCCUUCCCCGCUGUGGCACAGUGCAACUCCAACCCCAAUCUUACCCCAUCUGAACCAAACAUGACCCUAACUGCUUUUCCAUUUCCUCCAGCACAGUCCACUCCUAACACUAUAAUGACUCCCUCCAAUUCCAACACAACUGUCUUCCCCUUUCCCCAUGUUCAACAGAAUCAUAGCCACCACCUCAAUACUUAUGGAUCUACCCAAAUUCCAACAGCUGGUUCUUUUACACUUCCCCAAUCAUUACCUACUUCUUGUCUGAGCACUGUCACAUCAGUUACAAACCCAAUUUAUCCAACAGCUGGCCCUUUUUCCCUCCAACCCACCAAUGUUGUCCAUCAAGGCCAUAUACAGGCUGUUUCCAGCACACUUCACCCCGCCACAGCAUAUCAAGUACCGGCAUUCCCCGAAUCUCUUCCCAAGUACAACACUCCUGGAUCUAAUCCUGGUCCAAAAUCUCACCCUUCUUACCCCUUCUCCACUCACCUUCCAUCUGGUCCACAUCCUCUUCAGAGCCUAACUCUGCCAUCAUCCAACUCAAUUCAUAGCGUUCCUAGAAUCCCUAACACGGCCCAAAUUCAAUUUACACAGUCAUAUCCUAAUCCCUCCCUCUCUCACAUUCCUCCCCAAACAGCAAACCCUUCCCAGAUCUCAUCUCAGUCCUUUCCUCCCAUUCAAUCAUCAAACACCUCUCAUUUAGUGCAUGCUUCCCUUCCAAAUCCCCAUGUUGCUCCCACCUCAGCCCAUGCACAAUGCACUGCCUCUUCAAAUGCAUACCCCGCUGUUGCUCCCACUGAGAUAGGCACCUUCUCCCAGGUGAAUUCUGCUGCCCCCUAUCUACCAGAUAUGAUACUGCACCCUUCUUUGCUCCCUCCUCUGGAUCCUUCACUUUCCUCUUCUGCCCCACCCUCCAUUUAUAAUCCCUUUCCCUCCUACUCGGUACGUCUUUGCCAGGACCCACGAUCUUCCCUGCAUUUACCCCUCAGGCAUAUUUAUAGACAGCCACAGCAUGCCCAUGCUCAUGGUCAGGGGUCUUACUUUGAUCUUGGAGGAAGAGCUGUGUUCUGAGAAUGAACAGAAAAUAAGAAAUAUCUCCAAGGCGUGACCAAGAUUUCUGCAUUAGUGUAUUAAUACCUAUAGUUCUAAAGAAAGCACUGCACAUUUUGUUUAACCAUCAUUUAUGAUAGUGGAAAUGUUUAAGUAUUUCUACUGUUUGUAAGAUUUUUUGUUUGUUUGUUUGUUUGUUUUUGAUUCUGAAAUGUAGCUACUGUAGCUUUAAUCAAAUCUUUAA